UCCGGAUCAUGGGUCCGGUUUCGGAUCCUCCGCAUGUGACCCGGCGAUUCCCUUUAAAACCUCCUUCAUUCCCACCCUUCCACCAUUUCUACUCCAUCACCCCCCUUCCUUCAACAACCCGAAGAACCAAUCCAUCAAAAACUCCAUUUCCAUUUUGCUUUUAUAUAUACAUACAUAUAUAGGUUUAUAUAUGCCCCUGAAUUUCGCCGGAGAAUCAUUUGUAAGCGCACCAGAGGAAUUUCUUCUUCAGAAGCUCCAUAAUUUGAAAUCGGUUCUUCGAUAAGGAAUCGGAAUCAGGAAGAGAUGAUUUCAUCACUGUUAUCGUCAAAUCCGGCGCUAGUAGAUUCCGAUAGAUCAUCCACGAGAAGAAGAAAGAGGAAGAAAAUCCAGCACCAAACACAAAAUCAGUCAGAAAUUACAGAAAUCAAUCCGACGAUCCAGUGGAAAUCCGACGCUCAGCAGCAAAUCUACUCAUCGAAACUCCUCCACGCGCUGCAGCAAGUCCGGCUCAGCGGCGGAGCUCAGACUUCGGCUCCGAAACGCGUGCACGACGCCGCUUACAGAGUAUUAGCCGCGACGGCGAAGGGACGGUCGAGGUGGAGCCGAGCUAUACUCACGAGCCGGCUCAAACUGAAGUUCAUGAAGAAAAACAACACGGCGAAACGACACCGUAGGGUGAUGACGUCAAUCACCGCCGGCAGCUGCCGCGCGCAGAAGAAAUCGAAGGUGAGCGUUCUCAGGUUGAAAUCCAAGUGUUUGCCGGCGUUCCAGCGCAAAGCGCGCGUUCUCGGUAGGUUGGUUCCCGGUUGCCGGAAACAGCCGUUGCCGGUGGUUUUGGAGGAGGCCACCGAUUAUAUCGCCGCCCUCAAAAUGCUGGUACGAACCAUGAGUGCGUUAGCCGAGCCGCGUUCUGUUUCCGGCUCAUCUUCAACUGGCUCCACAAUGGCUCUUGGUGGGCUUAAUCAGCUAUAGCUCAAGCUAAAUUCUCCCUAUCAAAUAUGGGUUUUUUCUUUUUCUUUUUCUUUUUCUUUUGGAGAUUCAGAUAUUCUCCCAUCUUAUGAAUAUCCUAUUGUGAAUUAUAUUUUAUUUUUAAUUUUUCAAAAAAAAAAAAAAAAAGAGUUUCUGGUGAUGUAACUAGUAAGAUUAAUAUAUAUUAUCUCAUAAGUUGGAUAAUUAGGAUUUAUGAUGAAAUAAUGUGGGAUUAAUUAAUUAGGUGCAAUGAAUCCAGGUCACAAUCUUCUUUAUUCA